AUGUCAAGGCUACAAACAAGGGAUCACUGUCUAAUUCUUACUCACCCAACCCAAUUCAACUCAACUCACCACAACCCAUCUCACCAUAACCUAACCCACCUUAAUCCACCUCACUAUAACCCACCUCACUAUAACCCACCACACCUUAAUCCAACUUUAUCUAGUACAAUUCGGCUCUUGUUGUGGUUGUCUUGUCUAGUAACUCUGUGCCAGGGCAGUAGCCAUGUGCUGAUUAAAAACUAUACCCGGCAUGUUGACAACUACUUACUCUUUAGUCGAGUUAUUGAUACUUUGGUUAUCCAGAGUAAGAAUGAGUUGGGCCUGGUUCGGGGUGUAGCAACUGGCUGCUUUCCUUUACAAGGAAUAAGGUAUUAUGAUGCCCUUGGUAAAAUUCAUAAGUAUGCUAGGUACGAGAACUCUCAUCUGUUUGGGUUUCGCUAUCCUUUGCGUGAAGGUGAUCAGAUCUCUUUUUCGAUUGAGCGAAUUUCACUAACUUCGAUCGAACCAGAACCUAUCUUUCCCGACGCUGAUUCCUUGCGACUGGUUAAAAGAACCCGAGUCUUCCCUUGGUUUUGGCAGGUUCGACAGUUAACUUCUGAUUUUCAAAAACCCAAUCAGUUCUUUCCCCAGUCUAGGGAGAUUAAAUGGACGCCAUAUCUAGAAAACUUACAGGUUCUUAAACUGCCAAUAUUGGCAGUUGUUUGGCUGUUCAGGAAAGUUCGGGGCAUCAUUGGCUCGAUGUGUGUUUGA